AUGAGUACCCAUUCAUCCACUAAGACUUCCCACACGACCACUACUACUGCUCCUAAAGACACCAAUACUGUCACCCCUACCAUCGAUGGACAACCCAUGGAAUCUCAUUCACACGACCCAAACACACAAAACACACCAUCAAUGGCCACAAGACAUGCGAUGACCACUUAUGCCCGUAAUCGUCAGCCAAUGAAAUCUCGAUUUAAAGGAUUCGCUAAACGAUUGAAAGUUGGGAACAGUUCACCGAUGCUUAUGAAGAAGACAAUGGCGCCCAUGAGUUCACGGAUUUUAAAUUGCAAAGUAUGUCUGUAUAGCACACGAGAUCACCUGCAGCUCACCCGACAUAUGCUACGCGACCACUCUUCCAAUGAACCCCCAAUCCAUGGCACCGGCACCUCAUCGACCACUUCUGGUCGUAGUGUAACCUCUCAUUCAGUAUCCUCUUCGCAGACGUCAUCGUCAGACACCUCGAGAUCCAGUGAGCGGACGGUGUCAAUGGAUUUCUACUUAAACUCAUCGGACAGUGAAAGGCGUCCCAAGACAUCGCACUCCCUGUCCACUCGAGAUGUAAAUUUCGAGGUCAAUGACGUGGUUUGGGCCAAAUGUAAGGGCUUUCCCUGGUAUCCGGCGAUUGUUGUUGACCCCAACCGGACAGACGAUUCCGAUGGCAUACCGGUGCCGUCCGUCAAUGUGUUGGAUUUGCGACCAAAUGGCACGCAAUGUAACCAUUAUUUGGUUAACUAUUUCGAUGCCCAACGCUUGUGGCAAUGGUUACCCCGUAAUAUGUUGGAGCCAUUGGGUGUGGACACGGAUAUGGAUCUGAAAAAGUUGAAAGAAGUUCCUGAUAAUCUUAACGAAGACACCAAUGCAGACAUGAAUGCAUCGAAAGCUCGUGAAUCAAAUGCAGUGGUAUUCAAGAAGUGGUCCACAGAUACCACGCAAACGAUAAUUAAAGGCAAAAGUUGUGACAAAUACUCAAAUGAUAGUCAAAAUGAGUCAUUAGUUUCUAAUGAUCUGAACGAAGAGUCCAUCGAUGAAGACAUGAAUACUAAUGACACGAAUUGCACACCAAAUGCAACACAAUCUCAGCACAAGAACUCAGAUAGCAGUCCAUCGACUGAUACAUCGAUGGAUACAAUGGAUACACAAGAUUUGGACACAAAUUGGCGAACGUCUUCACCAAAUGAGUGCAAAGAUAUGGCAAACGAUAACUCAAUGGAUUUUGAAUGCAAUGAAUGCCGACAACUGUUUGACACUAAACUCGGUCUCGAAAUACAUGUGAAUAGAGUUCACAGACUUCUCGAGACAUAUGUCUGCAGUGAAUGCCUUCAGGAGUUCCUCACAUCGGAUCAGAUAUCCAGACAUAUAUCCGAAGAGCACUGCGAAGACGUUCAGACAAAUCGCUUUUCGUGUCAAUUAUGCGAUCAUAAGUGCGAUAGUAUUGAGCCAUUCAUGACACACAUGACCACACAUUUAAGUGAUAAUAACAGAUCCAUUAUCACCGAAAGCCAUACUAAUAGCUAUACCUGUGAUGGACAGCUCUUCAGAUGUAAUUCGUGUGACUUUAAGUCAAUUUACAGACAAUCGUUGGGACGGCAUAUCCUGAGGGUUCACUCAAACACUCCGAAACCCUUCGACCCCUUAAGACCCUUCGAGUGUAAUAUCUGUGGUAAAGGAUUGAAAAAUGGAAAUGUAUUAAAACAACAUAAAAGGGAAUUCCAUACAUCGCAAAGGCAUGCAUUCAAGUGCCAACUCUGUUCGUACGCCACAUACCGGAGCUCAUACAUCAUCGCCCAUAUGUCCAAUAAGCAUCGAUCGGCGGUACGGGACUACGUGUCCGACCACUACAGAUAA